CUUCGGCCUGCACUAGCCCGUAGUCCCUCCCGUUCACCCCCACGGCCCCACCCCGCCGCUCUCCCCCCGCACAGCACUCGUCGUCCUCGUCGCCGACGCCACGAUGCCGGAAGACGUCGAGAUGAACGACUCCCAGCCCCAGCCCGCCGCCGCCACCGCCUCCUCCGACGCUCCCGCGCCCGCGCCAUCCACCCUCCACCAUCUGAAGGAGAUCGCGUCGGUGGUCGAGGCCGGGUCGCUGAGCAAGGAGGUCCGCCGGAUCUCACGCGCCGUCCGCCUGACCAUCGCCGUCCGCCGCCGCCUCGCUGCCCACGAUGUCGCCGCCUUCCUCGCCUUCGCGCUGCCCUCGUCCUCCGACGCCUUUGCCCGCCUCUCCGCCCUCGUGCCCAAGGAAGAUGGAAGUGAAAUGGAUGUUGAAACAGCUGCUUCAGCAGCUCAAUUUUCAAUCAAGCAUGGUCUCCCAGAGAUUGAAAUUUAUUGUUACUUGCUUGUGCUUAUUUUCCUCAUUGAUCAUAAGAAAUACGAUGAGGCAAAAACAUGUGCCUCCGCAAGCAUUACUCGUCUGAAGAAUCUCAACAGGAGAACAGUUGAUGUCUUAGCUUCUAGGUUGUACUUGUAUUACUCAUAUGUCCAUGAGCUUACCAAUACCCUUGCUGAAAUUCGUGGAACUCUCCUGAUGUUGCACAGAAUGGCAACUUUACACCGUGAUGAGCUUGGUCAGGAAACUCUUCUCAAUCUGCUUCUUCGCAAUUACCUGCACUACAACUUGUACGAUCAGGCAGAAAAACUAAGGUCAAAGGCACAACGUUUUGAAGCACAUUCCAAUCAACAGUUCUGCCGAUAUUUGUUCUACUUGGGCAAAAUUAGGACAAUUCAGUUGGAGUACACUGAUGCUAAGGAAAGCCUCUUGCAAGCUGCCCGAAAGGCACCCACUACAGCUCGAGGUUUUCGUAUUCAGUGCAACAAAUGGGCAAUAAUUGUGAGGCUAUUGUUAGGGGAGAUACCAGAGAGAACUGUUUUCAUGCAGAAAGGAAUGAAGGCGGCUUUGACACCAUAUUUUGAGCUCACCAAUGCUGUUCGAGUUGGGGACCUGGAGUUAUUCAGAGCUGUUGCAGACAAAUUUUCGAGCACUUUCAGUGCAGACAGGACUCACAAUUUGAUAGUGAGACUGCGUCACAAUGUCAUCCGGACUGGAUUGCGUAACAUCAGCAUCUCAUACUCAAGGAUUUCCCUUGCUGAUAUUGCCAAGAAGCUGAGGUUGGACUCUGAGAACCCUGUUGCUGACGCGGAAAGCAUUGUAGCCAAGGCCAUCAGGGAUGGGGCAAUUGAUGCCACCAUAGAUCACGCCAAUGGUUGGAUGGUGUCUAAGGAGACUGGUGAUGUCUAUUCAACAAAUGAGCCACAGAUAGCUUUCAACUCCAGGAUAGCAUUUUGCCUGAACAUGCACAACGAGGCAGUCAAGGCACUGCGGUUUCCUCCGAAUUCUCACAAGGAAAAGGAGAGCGCUGAGAAGAGGCGCGAGAAGCUCCAGCAGGAGGAAGAACUAGCGAAGCACAUCGCUGAGGAAGACGAUGAUGACUUCUAGACUGGUGGAGCCUUGUGAUCCUUUCAGCGGCUACUUCAAUUUUUCAUGUGAAGAGAAAUCGACCAUUUCAGUUGAUUAAAGUGCCACAAGAACUCUGGUUCCCAGUUCCUACUUGCAGGGAUGUUUCAAAUUUAAAAUCGUUCAGUGUGAUUUAUGUUAACAUUUUUUUAUCACUACCAAUGGCUUAGGUAGCGCAUUAACGGCGUGAGGUCCUCUGAAGCGCUGGACUGCACCCUUUGUCCCCUUUCGGGCCCUGGAAAUUAGCAGUUUAUUUCUGUACAAUGACAAGUUCAGUGCAUUCUUUCAUGCAUUUAUAAGUUCAGAACUUCAGAUACA